AUGCAGGCAGCACUAAGCCAGCAGCCCAGCCUACUCAGCGAGAGGGCCAGCGACGGCCUGACACUGCUGCACAGGGCAGCAUUCGAGGGCAGCACAGAGUGCCUGCAGAGCUUGCUGGCGGCUGGUGCCAUCAUAGAGGCGGCCAGCACCGAGGAGGGCGCCACAGCUCUUUGGCUGGCGGCGCUGGGGGGUCAUGAGGCCUGCGUGCGGGAGCUGCUGGCGGCAGGGGCAAACACUGAAGCGGCUGGCACCAAUGGGGCGAGGCCGCUGCACGUUGCCUCCCACGGAGGCCACCUGGGCUGCCUGCAGCAGCUGCUGGACGCUGAAGCCAACUGCGAUGCCGCUGAGGCUGCCGCCGCCGAGCUGCUGGCAGAGGAGGAGCGCCAGGAGGAGCAGCAGGCAACCAGGCAGGCAGCCAAGGCCGCCAAGCGGCAGCGCCAGAAAAAACAGCAGCGCCAGUGGGCUGCUAUGCCGGCAGGAGAGGCGGAUGAGACUGCCACAGGCCAGGCUGCGGUGGCAGAGCCAGCUUCUGAGCAGGCAGAGGAUGCAUCAAUGGCAGCUGCAGGUGCCUCCACGCCAGCUGUGGCCGGACCAGAGCCGGCAGAGCAGCUCACCCCCGCCAUCUGCCCAGCUACGCCCGCCACACCUGCUGCUGCUACUGGCAGCCAGCAGGGCAGCGGCAAGAAGCAGAGCAAGAAGAAGAAGUACAAGGGAGGAGCGCAGACGGCGGCAGCGCAGCCACACGUGCCGGCAGCCGCUGGAAGCGCUGCCUGGAUGGCACGCCAGGCAGCGGCGGGCCAGCCACCCUGCUCCCCGCUGACCAACCUGCCGCUGGCGAAUCUGGUGCUGCUCCCGAGCGUGACCAUGCGCAGCCUGGUGCUGGUGCUGCACGCGGCGGGGCUGCUGGAGUGA